AUGGCGGUCCACUUAUUGAACAGGAGAGGAGCUGUGACUAAUCAAUAUAGGCAACAGCUGUUAGCGAAUGCAAGUAUGGAGCUCCGACGAAGGUUUCCAAAAGUACAGGUACGGGGACCAAUAAGAGACCAUGAUCAUGAGAAGCUGGCAUUGGCAACCGAAGAAGCCCAUCAAUGGCCUGUGAUAUAUGGCCAUCCUCUUCGGGAUUUUGAUGUAACCAAGGGGAUGUAUAAUGGCAGAGAAGAUGAUCAUUACUACCCCUUCCCAGCGCAUCUUAUCAACAUAGAUGAUUUCAGUUAA